GCGUUACAUGUCCCGUGUGCCCUAAGCCAACACAGUCGGAGAAAGUGUGUGGGACAGACGGCAAAACGUAUUCAUCGAAUUGUGUUCUCUUACGAAAGGCCUGUCUGCAAAAAAGUGUUAUACAAGUAGACUACAAAGGAAAAUGUGAGAGAAAUUAUCUGAGAGUAACCAAUGCGUCAGGGAGAACAACAGUCAACUUAGACCCGACUGAGCCAACAUCCAUUUUAAUACCAACAACGUCGACAGAACCAACACAAAAACCUUCCGAUCUCAUAGAUACAACUAAAACGCCUAAAAAAGGUAAAAUGUGUGUAAGAUGUCCCCCUACGCCUUCAUAUCUAAUACGGCAUGUCUGUGGUAGUGACGGCAAAACAUAUCCGACGAGGUGCAUACUGAAGAGAAAAGCUUGCCUGAAAAGAAGUAAUCUGACAGUAGCAUACACUGGGAAGUGUGUUGACACAACUACAAGUACCAUUACAAUAAAUUCGGGUAAGAACACGAUUUUACCCGAGAGUCCAAACAAUCGAAAACGACAAGAAAUGCGGUCAGAGACAAUACCUACUUAUAAUACUCGUAAAAGAACUUCCAGUAAAACGACGGAACCGGACAUCUCUUUGAAUUCCCAGAGGGUAGAGACAACAGCAUCAACCAUGUUUACUUAUGGUGAGGACGAUGACUCCGACUCUGACGAAGUGGUAGGCAACGAAAGCAACGAAAAAUUAGAACGUAAGAUUACCAUAUUAUCUCU